AAAGUAUCAUAUGAAGCAGUAAUUGAAACUCUCAAGAGGAAACCAUUGAAACUACUUCGCAUUCUACUAAUACUAUUCGAUGAUGACAUAAUUAAAUCAUACACCACUUCAGAAAUAAUGAUCAGAGAAUUAAUCAGUGAAUGUAACAUAGAUAUGUUAUGGAUUGAGGAACUACUAAAUAUUCAAAGUACAAAUAUCAUGAAACUAGGAAUCAAUAAUUGA